AUGCCUUACCACGACGUUUUGAAAUCUGGGGCUUUAGAUAAUCAAGAUGAAGAGAAGAAAGAAGAAAAUAAAGAUGAACAGAAGAUGGGAGAAAAAAAAGAUGAAGGGAAGAAGGAAGAAAAAAAAAGAAAAAAGAUGAAGGCAAAAAGGAAGACACAAAUGAUGAAGAGAAGAAAGAAGAAAAACAAGAUGAAGAAAAGCAUGACGAGGAGAUGGAUGUAUCCGUUUGAAAGAUAUAUGAAAGUGCUAAAGGGGUAUGUUCAGAAUCGUACUCGUCCCGAAGGUUGCAUUGCUGAGCGGUAUAUAGCUGAAGAAGCUGUAGAGUUUUGUACCGAGCAUUUAUCUGAUGUUAGUACAGUUGGAGUGCCUUCAAGCCAAAAGAUGGGAGUUUCAAAGCCAUUAUCAGGUUGCACAGUGAGCGUAGUUGAUCGGGACCUGUUGAACCAAGCACAUCUAUAUGUCUUGGAGAAUACGGAGGAAGUCCUACCUUAUAUCGCGCAACAUAUGAUCCACAUCCAGACCGCUUAUCCAAAAUUUAGAAAGAGAACAAAGUGGCUGCAGGAUAAGCACAAUAGCACUUUCAUUCAAUGGCUACGCUUCAAGGUUCAAAGUGAACUUAAUGAGGAAGACAAUCAUGGCGUAUCAGAAAAUUUAAGGUGGCUAGCAGCUGGUCCAAACAUGGCAGUGCCAUUAUAUAGGAGCUAUCUCAUUAAAGGUAUUAAAUUCAACAUCAAGGCACAAGAUGAUGUGCGGACAACUCAAAAUAGUGGAGUUUAUUUACUUGCACAUACUAUGCAAGUUGCUAGUGCCAAGGAUAAAAACCCAAUUCUCUCAAAUAUGGGUUUCUAUGGUGUCAUUCAAGAAAUUUGGGACCUUGACUACCAAAAGUUUACAAUCCCAGUCUUUAGGUGUGAUUGGAUUGAUAAUACUUCUGGUCUUGUAGUGGACGAACUUGGAUUUACCCUUGUAGAUUUGAGUAAAAUUGGACAUAGGAAUGACCAAUUUGUUUUGGCUUCUCAAGUCAAACAAGUAUUUUUUGUUGACGACCCGAUGCAUCGUGGUUGGUCGGUAGUGUUAUCAAUGCCUAAUAGAGAAUAUAAUGAUGUUAUUGGUGAUGAUGUCUUAGGUGAUGUGAGAAUUGAGUGUGAGCCAUUUACUAGGGGGAUGCCAAAUGUUGACACAUUUGAUGAAGUGGUGGUUGAGUUAGGGAGUCAAAAUAUUCGAGAUGGGUGUGAAGAUAUAUGGGUUGAAUGA